AUGGACACCGCCGGCAACUUCAUAUACAAUGCGGCUUUGCUAGCCGCCCGGCAGGCUACCGAAACGACCGCGACGCCGACGAGCACCUCCUCUGCAACUUCCACAGCAACCGGCACCGCUCCAGCCAAGGCCGAACGACCGGCUUCAUACAAGAUCAUCGGAAUAUGUCUCGCAGUGGGAAGUGGCUUGUUCAUUGGUGUAUCAUUUGUGGUCAAGAAGAUUGGUCUAUUAAAGGCAAACCAGAAAUACAAUGAGGAGGCAGGCGAAGGAUAUGGCUAUCUCAAGAACCUCUGGUGGUGGCUCGGCAUGACACUCAUGAUUGUGGGAGAGAUAUGCAACUUUGCAGCGUACAUGUUCGUCGACGCCAUCUUGGUCACUCCGCUGGGAGCUCUCUCGGUCGUGGUCACGACCAUUCUGAGCUGGUGGAUCCUGAAAGAGAGACUGAGUUUCGUCGGGUGGGUGAGCUGCUUUCUGUGUAUCAUUGGGAGCGUGGUCAUUGCGCUCAAUGCUCCGGAGCAAAGCGCAGUGAGCAACAUCCAAGGAAUGCAGCACUAUGUCAUCGCGCCGGGCUUUCUGUCGUAUGCCGGGGUGAUCAUACUCGGGUGCGUGGCAAUUGCCUGGUACGUGGCACCACGUUGGGGCAAGAAAAGCAUGAUGGUCUACAUCACGAUCUGCUCGUUGAUCGGAGGACUGAGCGUUGUUGCUACCCAGGGUCUGGGGAGUGCAAUCAUCGCUCAGAUCAAUGGCGAGGCGCAGUUCAAUAAAUGGUUCACAUACGUGCUGCUCGUGUUUGUGAUCUGCACCCUACUGACGGAGAUCAUCUACCUCAACAAAGCGCUCAACCUCUUUAAUGCCGCUCUGGUCACGCCUACAUACUACGUCUUCUUUACGUCCUCCACUAUCAUCACCUCUGCAGUGCUGUUUCGAGGAUUUCAUGGAACAUCCACUCAGAUCAUCAACGUUGUCAUGGGAUUUCUAACAAUCUGUUCCGGGGUUGUGCUGCUUCAGCUUGCCAAAUCGUCAAAGGACGUCCCCGACACCAAAAUCUUCUCUGGAGACCUUGAUCAGAUACGUACGGUUGCUGAGGUGGAAGAGCCAGAAUACGAGCCCAGAGCCGAUGCUGUCAGAGGUGGCGCAGGCAUUCUCCGUGCCUUUAGUGGUGCGCGGCACAAGCGAGAAGCAGAGGAGGCACAUCGUAUACACGACGAGGCGCACAUGGAGACCAUUGGAGAGAACGAGCACUUUGAGUGGGAUGGUGUGCGGCGAAGAAGAACAGUCUCAACUGUGGGCGGCGGUGGGUCGAUCAUUAGGAGGAAGACCGUGCAUCCACCUUUGGGAAUGUCGCAAUUCCCAACGGAUGACGACGAUGUGAGCGAGCCAGAUAGUGAAGUCCAUCCAGGCUUUUUCGGACGCAUUGGUAGAGGAAUCACCCAGCGCAGAAACAGAGGCCAUAGCCCAGUCCCAUUGGAGACCGUGACAGCCGACAAGAUGGACACCGAGGACGAGGCUGUGCGAAGAUCAGCACAUCUGUACGGUCUAGCCCCUGGAUCGCAGAAAGGCCAAUUGGACGAAGUGUAUGAAGAUACUGCGUAUCGCUCUCCAGCGGUGGCAUCUGAUGAAGCUGGCCCAGGACGCGUUCAGUGGGCAGGGGAGGAGCGGCCAAACUCAGCAACAAGCUCACUUGCGCCACCUCGUCCUCCGCCGCAUGCGACUGGAGGAGCACCUACUGCGCGAAGACAGUUCUCUUUCCAGAACGUAUUCUCCAGGAAUCGCAGCGGCAGCGCAGCGGAUGAUGUCCACCGUCCCACAUCUCGCGGCGCACUCUCCUUCGUUAGUAGAGGCGGAAGCUCACGUGGAGGUAACUAUCCCGGCGCUUCAGGACCUGCCACCACCGAGGAGGAAAGGUUAGGACUUGUGCACGGAGACUCCAACAAUGCCAUGAUGCCCGCUCCGCGAGGCACGGACAUUGUCGAGGAGGAAGAGAGGAGCAGCGACGAGUGGGCUGAAGUCCCUCAGCGACGACUCAGCUCCAGCAGUCCCGAGAUGAUCAAUGCUUCUGGUGAUCUUGGGCGAAGAACGAGGGACCCCUACGCUGAUGAACAUGAUGACAAUCUUUACGACGCGCCGCCUCGACUGAGGAGUCCGAGCCCAGGAGAUGACCGCGCAGGGGGAUCGAUUGGAAGCGGUGCUUUUGUUUGA